CACAGUUGCUCCACGCACGCUGACAUAGCAAUCUUGACUCUGCAAGUCACAGUCUUCCCACAGUAAGCUUCUCGCAGAAUCUUCUUAAACUUCAGGUUUGGUUUCUCGUAGAAUCUAUUCAAACUUAAGCUUUCACUUUUCGAUGGCUCGAGGACAAAACUUUGCAGCAGAAGGACGACCCUACAAGACGCCCUUGACCGACGAUGACGCCGAGCCCCAACUCAUCGGUGGGGGUUUGGACGAUCCGCUUCCGUCGAACGCUCCCACUCCUCGAUCGGCAGUGGCGCCUACCACAUCUUCGUUCCCCGCUGUCCCUACGGAUCCAGACGAGUUUUGCGGUGUCCCUCGCCGCCAGGCCUACCUCUUGAUUGCCCUUACUGUUCUGAUUGUAGCCGUAGUCGCAGCCACCGUCGGUGUCGUCGUAUCGAAUAACGGCAGUGACGAAUCCUCGAAUGUUCCGAUCCGGACGGAUUUUGAACUUGAACCCGAUGUUAUCGUGCAAACUUCUCAACAAAAGCUCAACUUGAUACGAAAAACAUUCGAAGCAUACCCCAUUCUUCGGAGUCACAUGGAGCAGCUUCCCUCCGAAAGCGCGACUUUGACGAAAGAAGUUCUAGAUGAUGAGACGGCCGAUCCAUUUCUUCGUGCUGCAUCAUGGAUGAUUCUAGAAAAUGGCCUGAACUAUGAACAGGCAAUUGUCCCGCGUUUUGCGCUUGUUGCGUUCUAUUUCGCACAAGGCGGCCCGAACUGGACAACUCGGACGUCUUGGCUAUCCCCGGACAUAAAUCAUUGUGAGUGGUACGGCGUCCGCUGCUGCACAGGCAUCCGCAGAGAAAUGGUCUUUUCUUGCAAAUCUUUCAGCGAAUAUUCAGUGGUCGAAAUAGAUAUGGAAGAAAACAAUAUGACAGGAAAGAUUAGUAACGCCCUGGUUUUGCUCCAAAGCCUGAAUGCUCUCGUUUUGCGACGCAACAGCUUGACUGGAGUUAUUCCGGCAGACACUGUCGCAGCCAUGCCGUCCUUGCGCAUUCUGUCGUUGCAGCGAAAUAGGUUGAGUGGUCCGAUUCCGGACAAUCUACGGGACAAUGGCGCUCUUGGUAAGAUUCUUUCGUUUCUUCCGCAGCUAACAUCGUGCAUCGCCCUACUUUCUUUUCUUGCAAUUCAAGACACGUUGCAAAUCCACGGAAACGCGUUUACUGGGGAGUUCCCCUUGAGCUACUGUCCUGGCCGGGCAACGAUUUUUCGAUACUUGACCCUAGACUGCUCCGUGAAUGCCUGUGACCCGAGCUGCUGCUACGCGGAGAACUGCAUUGAUGCCGUUUAUGAAUAA